AAAAUUAGCUUGGCAUUUAUUCGAACAAUUUCGCCAUGCAGUUGCGUGUAUAACGGUCAAGCCACUUGUAACAUCGAUGGUGCUUCCUUCAUAGUUUUCAUGUAGUCGUCCUGUCCUACGCUGUGUGAGGAAUGGAUGCUACUCAGAUGAUCAGUGACUCAAUCUUGGAGUCAGAUGAGGAAAGUGAAGAUGAGAGUGAAAACAAGAGGGGACGACCAUUGGCUAAACUGUGCAUCUUAAAAAAUGCACACAUACCUGAAACUGAGUUGCCCCUCUUUUUGGGAGAUAAUGUCCUGGGCCGUGACCCCAACACCUGCACCCUGCCCCUGCCAGCACCCUCAAUAUCAAAGCAGCACGCGACCAUCUGCAUCUCAGCGUACAGGAAAGGAGGCCGCCACAGUGAAGCGGACAUAGAGGCUUUGGUUUGGGACCUAGGGAGCAUGAAUGGAACCCGCAAGGGCCACAUGAAAAUGACACCUAAUGUACGCUAUGCCCUCAGUGAAAGUGACAGCUUGGUGGUGGCAGACAUCCCAUGUCAGUAUGUGAGCUGCGCUGUAGAUGCAGUCUCCUCUCAAGUGGACAUGAGGACACCUGUGAGCAGAAAUUCAGGGGUGAAGGCCAGGCUGCCACAUGCCUCAGGACAAAAGGGAGGUUACACAAGCACAGGCAGCAAGAAAUAUGUCAACGGAGGUACACUACAAGCUAAGGUGUCAUUACCUGAUCAGGGGGACACCAUGAAGACCCCUGGCAUAACCAGUGUCCUGUCCUUCGAGCAAACGCCGACCCACCCGGAAGGGAGCCUGGUCCCAGAGUCUGACUCGGACUCAGACGGAGAAAGAGGAGACAGAAGGCGGAAGGCUAUAGUGUCUGAUUCCGACUCCCAUAAAUCAAGUCCCACAUGUUCAACAUUCCUGAGUCCCACAAACAAAAUCGUCCCUGAAAGCGAGGAUGAAAGUCCCAUCACACUGUCCUCCUCUACUAAAAAUAGACCUCACGGACAUGUCAGCUUCAGCAACAAGGAGACAUACAUGGAUGCGGGGCGACAGCAGCUGAAUAACAAAAAGACACUUGAGAUUGUGGACGACAGUGAAGAGGAGGAAGAAAGGGAGGAAGAAAGAGCAGCACUGGGAGGGACAAAGUCUGAAGAAAGGGGACACCAUGUGCCAAUGAAACAGGGAAGCAAUGUGAGUCUCACUGGAGAAGAUGAAUUGCCUGUGUUCGCACCAUCAGUCUUCACAGAUCCCAUCCCUGUAUUUGACAUUGACAGUGACACUGAUGUGGAGGGACAGGAGGAGGAGGAAGAGGAGGCGGUAAUAUCUGCAUGUCCUGUGACCUUGCCUUCAAACCAACAAGCUGAUCAGCCCCCGGACACAGCCCAGUUUCACAUGGACAGUGAUACAGAUGUGGAUGAGGACGAUGAUGCCUUAGACAAAGUUCCCAAAAGUUUGUCUUCCCCUGCUGACCACAACAAACCUCAUGUGAUUUCAGUCAUUCAGCCAGUGGGCAUCACAAUGGACAGUGACACUGAUGUGGAUGGUGAUGAUGAUGAUCAUGAUGAUGCAAUGUCAGACGCUGCUACUAAUGCAAAACCCCCGUCCCUUCAGAGCACACAAACUGCUGACUCUGCUCCUUUAACACAGGUGGAAGAAAUCCACCUCAACAGUGACACAGAUAUUGAUGAUGAAGAAGAAGAAAAGGAACAGGGAACAAAUAAUAAAUACCCUAAAAUAGAUGAAACUUCCACUAGGUCAGAUAUUAGGCCAAAGUCCAUCCCCGCUGCGCCUCAGAGCCUGCAAAUAGACAGUGAUACAGAUGAUGAAGCUAUUCCUGCACCAGCACUCGGUGAACCCUCGCUGGUGUCUUCUCCCCAGGAAUCAUGCACCACUGCACAACCAGGAGCAUGUUUGGAUUUUUGGUCUGACAGCGACACAGAUGUGGAAGAUGAUUCUUCUUUGGUCAUACCUCUUGUUAUCUCAGACAUUUCAGUUGAUCUUGGUACAAGCUCAGAUGAUUCCGACACAGAUGUUGACGAAUCCAUUGUGCCACCUGCAGCUGACCUUAAAGAGGACAGUGAGACAGAUGUGGAGGAUAAGGAGGUGGAUUUGGAGGAUCCAGCUGAGGGCCAGAUUCCCAGCCUGCAGAGAGAAAUCACACCUGAGGUGAUGAUUCCUCUACAGCAGAACUGCUCGACACCUGUAUUCGUAACAGGUGCCGUAGCCCUUGAUGGAAGACAAAUACUAUUGUCUCCCAGCUCAGAGAGUCAGGAGGAUGAGGACUUUGUCGUAGCCGAGACGCAGUCCUUCGUUCUUCAGACCAGAGAGUGUCAGGGAACCCCUCCACAGGAGCCUUCUGGUGAUGAAGGAGGAGAACACUCCUGCAGAGAAGCGUUUCUCCAGCUGGGACUGUCUGACAGCAGCCACCUGCAGGGUCGGGCCCAGGCUCUAGCUAUGGAGAGCACUCAAGCUUUUGUCGGCGGGAGUGGGGGACUGGAAGAUACCCAGGCCUAUGCAGCCGCCUCAAAUGCAGACAGAGCCUCCUUGGAGAAUGAUCCAAAUCUGGAGGCUACACAGUCUUAUGGAAAUGAAGAGGAGCCUGCCAGAUGUUCAGAAAUGUCUGAAAAAGAAAGUCAGGUGGAGUUUGCCCUGGAAGAAACACAGGCAUAUAUCACAAAGCCCUGCAGCGAUUCAGAGGAUGAAACGGAUGAUGAUGAGACCAAAAACAAUGCUACUGCUGACACUCAGGCUUUCAGUUUGCCCACCUCUUCUACUCUUGCAACUGCUGAAACCCAACUAAUGCCUGUCUUUGAGGAAGAAGAGAGUUCAGAUGAAGAAUCAGAUGAGAUUUCCUGUGUACUACAGGUUAAGCCAGGUCCACAGAAUGGAACAGAAGAACAUGGAAAAGCAGAUCAACCUCAGAAGAAGGCCCACAGUGAAGCUCUGUCCGUAGCUGAAACUCAGCCCAUGCAUAGAAGUGAGGAUGAGGAAAGUGAUGAUGACGACUCGAUGCCAGGUCCACGAAAAAGAAAAGCAAAGCAACUGCAGCUGGAAGACGAGCAGACACAAACAAACUCUGAGCUUUCUGCUGUCCAAACUCGGCCAAUGGAAGGAAAUGAAGAUGGUGAAAGUGAUGAAGAGGACUUGUUUCCAGGACGGAGAAAAAGAAAAGCACAGCAUCUUAAAGAAGAGGAGAGCCAGCCCCUCACCAGUUCUGAAGUCUCUGCUGGUGAAACCCAGCUCGUGGUUGCUGUUGUAGACGAACAAAAUGAUGAUGAAGACUCAAUUCUGGGUCCAAGAAAAAGAAAAGCAAAGCAACUGCAGCUUGAAGACGAGCAGACACAAACACUCACCAACUCAGAGCUAUCUCUUGGAACCCAGCCCCUGCACAUGGGUGUUGCUGAAACCCAGCCCAUGGCUACAAGUGGGGAGGAGGAAAGUGAGGAUGAGGACUGCAUGUCUGGUCCACGCAGAAGAAAAGCAAAGCAACUGCAGCUGGAAGACGAGCAGACACAAACAAACUCUGAGCUCUCUGCGGUCCAAACUCAGCCAAUGGAAGGAAAUGAAGAUGGUGAAAGUGAUGAAGAGGACUUGUUUCCAGGACGGAGAAAAAGAAAAGUACAGCAGCUUAAAGAAGAAGAGAGCCAGCCCCUCACUAGUUUUGAAGUCUCUGCUGGUGUAGAUGAGGACUCAAUUCUGGGUCGACGUAAAAGCAAAGCAAAGCCGUUGCAAAUUCAAGAAGAGGAAACACAACCGCUCACAAACUCAGAGGCCUCUACUGUUGAGACGGAAAUGAGAACGGGCCGGCAGCCUCCGAGGGAAAAAGGGAGACAAUCUGAAGCUGGAAACAGUGCCACCGCUGUUAGAGGAACAAAAAGAACAAGAGCAAGAUUACAAGAAGAGGAGCAGGGAGAGUGUUCUGAAGCUCCAACUACCAGAGGAAGGAGAGGAGAAUUAAGGCCUGAUGAGGAGGAGAGUGAGGAAGAGAAGGAGCCAAAGCAGGGUAAACGAACCAGAGGGAAAACAUCUACGAGGAAACAGAAAGAUAAAGGGAAUGAGGAGAAGGAAGAACGGGAGGAAUUAGAAAGAAAAGAGAAGGAAGUAAGAGUGCGAGCUGAACAUCCAGAAAGAUUCAGACUCGAGUUUGAGAGAGAAGAAGAAGUAGAGAGAAUAGAGAGGGAAAGAGAGGAACUAGAAGAAAGGGAAAGAGCUGCACACAAGGAAAAGGAAGAACAAUUGGAGAGGGAAAGAAAGGAAAAGGAAGAACAAGAGAGAUUGAAGGUGGAAAAAGAAGAGAAGGAAAGACUAGAGAAGGAGAGAAAGCAGAAGGAAGAAGAAGAAGAGGAACAAAAGAGAUUAAAGUGUGAGAAAGCAAAAAGGGAAGAGAAGGAAAGACUAGAGAAAGAAGAGAAUGAGAGAAUAGCAAGAGAAGGACAGGAGAAGGAAGAAAAAGAGAGAUUGGAGGCAACUAAGAGGGAACUAGAAGAGAGACUUGAGAAGGAGAGGACUGAACAGGAACACCAGGCAAGACUGGAGAGAGAAGCAAGGGAAAAGGAGGAAGGAGAAAGAUUGGAGAAGGAAAAACAAGAAAAACAGGAACAAGAAAACAAGUCCAAAACCCCAGCGAGAAGCCGAAGAGCAGCCAGAAGAACGAUUGCCGCCCCGUGUUCAGCAGAAGCAGAACGAGACUCAGCCAAUGAUGACGUCCCAGCCAGGAGAACCAGAUCUCGCUCCAACUCGUCCAACUCCGUCAGCUCAGAGAGGUCCGCCUCAAGUGUGAGCACCCAGGGGAGCCGGGGGAGAGGCCGGGGCCGGGGGGCCAAGAGGACCAGUGCACCCCCCCCAGCAGCCAGCGCCAGAGGUAGCAACAGGAGGAGGACGACGGCUGCAGAGCCAACGCAACAGGACAGCACUGAUACUCCUCCUCCGGGACCUCUGUCCAGGUCCAACUCCCUCAUCUCUGAAGUCUCCAGCUGCAGCGUGAGCUCUCAGAGCAGAGGAAGAGGAGGCAGGCAGCGAGGAAGAGGGAGGAAAACUGAGCCCAUCCCUACUAUCAAUAUUCAGAGUGAACUAAAGCUGGCUCUCACACCUACAGCUAGAGGCAGUGGGAGCAGGAGAGGAAAGGAAUCCUCAAAUGAGCUUCCCCAGGAGGACGAGAAGGCAGACUCUCAGCAGGCCACUUCCAGUAGAGGGCGCAGGCGAGCUAAUGCUAAUAUCCUAGAGCCUAAUGCUGCAGAAAAGCAAGGCAACUCAAGUCAGGAGUGUGGAGAAUCACCUCUGCUUAAAAGAAGUGUGAGGGGAAGAACGGUAAAGAGUGAGACUGUGGAGACACCAGUAGCUCCUGCAGUCAGUGAUGGAGAUAAAGGGACAAGGAAAGGAAGGAAAAGACAGUUGGAGGCAAAUGCAGAAGAGGCCUCCAGCAGUAGCCACAAAGUUUCCAAAGGGAAGGAGAAAGCCUUAACGACAGAGGCAGCAGAGGAAGAGGAGAGUCCAGUGCAAGCUAAGAGAAGAGGGAGAGCAUCCAGCGCUCAAACGAAGAAGAACGCUGGUGUUUCCUCCGCUGCAGUGGAGGGGAGUAAAGAGAAAACAGAGGAGGUAGCUGUGGAGAGGAGAGUCAGAGGUCGACCUUCAAUGGCUCAGAAAAAGAAGAAGGAGGAGCAGGAGGAAAGUGGAUCAUCUGUGGACCAGGAUCAACACCAGCCCCAGACUCCCACCAGCGCUGCAUCCCGGAAGCGACAGGCUCCUGCAGACUCGUCACCUGUGGCAAAAACCCUUCGCUUCCCCUCUGCCUCCCCCGGUGGUCGAUCACGAGCUGCCAGCCCGGCCUACAAGGUGCUAUACACCGGCGUGGUGGAUGAAGAAGGGGAGAAAAUGUUGGCUCGUUUAGGAGGCAGCAUGGCUAAAGGCGUGGCCGACAUGAACUGUCUGGUGACCGAUAAGGUGCGCAGGACCGUGAAGUUCCUGUGUGCGCUGGCUAAAGGAAUCCCUAUUGUCACCACACACUGGCUGGUUGAGAGUAGCAAGGCCGGGCGCUUCCUGUCUCCUAAUGCAUUUGUUGUGAAGGAUCCGGAGCAGGAGAAGAAUUUCAGUUUCUGCCUGCAGCACUCUCUGACGAUCGCCAGCAGUCAGCCUCUCUUACAGGGUUAUGGAAUCCAUGUGACAAAAUCAGUGAAACCAGAGCCAGUCCACAUGAAGGACAUUAUCUUCUGCAGUGGAGGCACCCUCCUACCUAACAUGCCCUCCUCCCUGAAGCCUCAGACUGUAGUGAUCUCCUGCGAGGAGGACCUGUCUCUGUGUGGCCCGGCGCUCUCUGCUACUCUGCCAGUCGUCACCGCUGAGUUCAUCCUCACUGGGAUCCUUCAGCAGAGACUUGACCUUCAGACUUACAGACUCUCAGCCCCUGCACAUUCCCCACAGCCGGCAGGAGGCAGGGGAAGGAGCAGGAAGAAGACUUAGCACCACCAGGGUGUGCUGUAAUAAAAAAAAACACAAUGUAGGACUUCAUUACUCGUGGAUUCCCUUUCAAACCAGAGGCCGUAGAAACACUUGUGAGCCAGCUGUUUGUCGGUACUAAUGACUUGAAUGAAAUGUGAAGCAUCCUUGUUUGCCAGACAGUGGAUGAAGAAGCCUAAUGUAGUCUGUAGAGUUUCCCAUUUCCAUGUUUCAAAUAUCUAAUUUCAGGAUUUUCUCGUCUACUAAUUUAGAUUUUAAACUUGCAAAAGCUUAUCAUGAUGUUGCUGCUAUGUGAGGUGGGAAAUGAUAACCCAUCAGCCGUCACAUUCCCCAUCUCUCAUCCGUCCUUGCUCCACCCCUCUCUUUGUACGACGAUAACAAGCAAGAAUUAACACUGCUUAUUGUCGCUUCUCUCUAUACCUGCUAAGUGCUUCAGCAGCUCAAUCCGCCGGUUUGGCAGGUAACCGCACCGAAGUAGGAGAUUUAUAGUCCUGUUUGGGUGGAGGGCUAGUGGAAGCGAUAGGGGUCAGAAAAAGGCUCGUUUCCUGUCCUGAUAAGAUGUGCAUAGUGCCUUUUUAUACCGAGCUAAUCAAGAACCUACCAGUGAGUCGUGUUCCUCUGUCUCCAUUAACCAUCACCACCUACUCCAUUAAGGCUUCAAUCAAUCCCAUUACCUCCAGCCAUGAGACGCGAUUUAUAGGCACCUGAAUGCUGAUGCUGCUUCUACAUCAAUAUAUUAUGGACAUACAUUUACACAUGUUCAAAAUGACUAGUAUACAGAACACACACAGGAAAUAUUCAAACGUGCUGGAUCAUUUGGUGUUUUAAAUAUGGACUCAUUAUCUAAGUUUGAUUUGAGAAUUGUAACAUAGCUAACAUCUCAUGCCCAAGUUGUCAGGAUGUCUGUCAGUAUGACCAAUGAGAACAUUAAAUAUUUUCUAUUGUGUGACUUUUGACACGUUAUACGUAA